CGCGUGUGGGUGUGUGUGUCGAAUGGAGUUGGUCGCGCUCUGAGUCAGGGUGAAGCAUUCUGGAGAAUUAAAACCAAUAAAGUCAUCCUGCGCUGCCAUGAGAGUUGAACAGGAUAUUGAACAUGGAGAAACAUCCGCAAAUUCGAACCAAAUGCUGAUUAACCAGCUCAGAGAGAUCACCGGCAUUCAAGAUCUGCAUGUUCUCCAGAGUACCCUGAAUGCUAGCCAAGGUGACAUCAGCCAAGCUAUAGGGGUACUGACCACCCAGACCAUGAAGGAAGAGCAAAUGCCAGAGGAACCUACUCAAGCCGACAAUGAGAGAAAUACAUCCAAUACACAGAACGGUCCUGCCAAAGAUGAUCUGCAGACAGCGAUUGAGCUCAGUCUUCAGGAGUCGCAACAAGCAGAGGCAGAAAGGAGAGAGCUUCACAGGGCUCUCGAGGUUAGCGCAGAAGAGAAUGCGGCCCAAAUGAAAAGAAAGAGGUGUGAGGCGUCUGGAGAGAGCUGCAGCCCUGUGGACUGGAUCCGGCAGGAGGACUGGCCUGUGGGCAUACGGAAUGUGGGAAAUACUUGCUGGUUCAGUGCUGUCAUUCAGUCUCUUUACCACCUGCCCGUAUUCCGUCGCCUGGUGCUCAACUAUUGCCUGUCUGAGCGCGUGCUGGAGAAAUGCAAGAGUCACUCAGAGAAAAGGAACAUUGCCUUCAUGCAGGAGUUGCGCUGCCUGUUUGCUCUGAUGGUGGGCUCAAACAGAAGGUUUGUAGACCCCUCUGCGGCCGUGGAGCUUCUCAGGGAUGCAUUUCGAACCAGUGAGGCACAACAGGAUGUCAGUGAAUUCUCACACAAGCUGCUUGACUGGCUGGAGGAUGCAUUCCAACUGGCUGCUAACGGAACUAACCCAGAGGACAAACAGAACAACCCAAUGGUCCAGCUGUUCUAUGGAACAUUUGUGGCUGAGAGGCUUCUUGACGGAAAGAUUGUUUCCAAUAUUGAGCAAUUUGGACAAUACCCUCUCCAAGUGAAUGGAUUUAAUAAUUUAGACGAAUGUUUGGAGGGGGCUAUGGUUGAAGGAGAGAUCGAGUCCCUUCAUUCAGAUCAAAAGGUUCCCACUAGUCAGGAGAGGUGGUUCUCCAAGCUGCCACCGGUGUUGACCUUUGAGCUGUCCAGAUUUGAGUUCAAUCAGUCUUUAGGGAGACCAGAGAAAAUACACAAAAAACUGGAGUUUCCCCAAGUGAUCUACAUGGACAGAUACCUCCACAAAAAUGUUUACCAGACCCAUGGCAGAAGAGGAGAGGUGAAGAGACUGAAGGACCAAUUAACAAUUCUACAGCAGAGACUUGAGGGAUAUAAACACUAUGGUUCAGGGCCGACCAAAUACCCCCUCGCCGACAUGUUGCAGUACGUCCUUGAAUUUGCCACCAUGAAACCCGCGAACAUGUCUCCAGCCUCUCCGGUACCCCUAAACCCUCCUGUUCCCAUAGAACCCAGCUCAGGUGACACCAGUCAAACAGAACCAGAUGAUACAAGGCCAUCAGAUGGUUUACAGACAGCCACGCAGAGAACUCCAAUUCACAAGCCUUUCACUCAGUGCAGACCAUCUUUGGAUAUACCCCUGCAGCCUGCCCCGCACAGUGUGACAGAGGAGGAACUGCACUUUGUCAUAGGCUGCUUACAGCGCUGGAGAGCAGAGGUCGAGAACACCAUAAACGAGCUGAAAGCCAGCAUUGACAAGGUCAGUCAGGCCCUGGAGGGCAUGUACUCAGAUAACAGUCUGUGUCAGGUACCCUACAGGCUACACGCUGUUCUCGUUCAUGAGGGACAGGCUUCCGCUGGCCAUUACUGGGCUUACAUCUAUGAUCACAGUAACAAACGCUGGCUGAAGUACAAUGAUGUAAUGGUAACAGAGUCCACCUGGGAAGAACUGGUCCGAGAUUCAUACGGAGGCAUGACCAACGCCAGUGCCUACUGCCUAAUGUACAUCAAUGACGAUUUGCCAUAUCUCAUCGCAGAGGACACAGACAAUGAGACUGGACAGGUCGUAAAGGGAAUGGACUCCCUCCCUUCCAUCCUGAGACGCUACGUACGGGAAGACAACCGCUGGUUCCAGCAAGAGCUGAGAGAAUGGGAAGAGCAGUUCUGCCAAGCCCAACGUGACGAAUCAUGUCAUCAGGCACUCACUUCAACCAACACAGAGGAACCAGUUCCAGAACAGCCACAGCAUCAAGAUCUAGAGCCACACCAAGAACCAGCCCAUGAAAACACAAAUGAAGUGACUGAAGAGCAAACUCCAUAUCCAGCACCGCCAGAACCUGCCCAGCAAUGUGAAGAGCCUGUGGCCAGUCAAGCAGAUCUCAACUCGAUAUCAUCAGAGGCCACUGAGAAUGUAAGAGAGUCAGCUGAGGAACAUAUCACCAGCAACCAGGCACACAGCCAUCAAAAUGAAGAGAAGUCAGAGGAGAGUCAGCAGUCUGAGGCAGAGUCAGCCUCUAAGGACGGAGUGGAGACUGAGGUUGAGGUGGAGGCAGAGGAGAAGGUCAACAGUGAUGAGGCAGAACCAGAGGCAGAUACAGACACUCAGCCAGAGUCAGAGGCCACGUCCGCAGAGGAGAACCCAGCCGCAGCCAGACGCAGACAGCCUGAGAAUGAAGUUUCUGAGGUGGAGAUACCCAAUGUAGGCAAGAUCCUGGUGCGCUCUGAUGCAGAUGGUUAUAAUGAGGAGAUGAUGUUGACUCCAGCUAUGCAGGGCGUCAUACUUGCUAUUGCCAAAGCAAGAGAAGCCUUUGACAAGGAUGGACCUGAAGCAGGACUUAUCAAAGCGUUCCAUGAGGAGUAUUCCAGAUUGCAUGAACUGUCCCAGGAGGAGACAACACCCCAGCAGGACCCUCGACUCCAGCACGUGCUGGUCUACCUCUUCCAGAAUCAGGCACCCGGCCGUGUGAUCGAGAGAACCUUAUUGGAGCAGUUUAUAGAUCGUAACCUGAGUUUUGAUGACAGGGCCAUCAGUAUAAUGAGAGAGGCCAGAACUAAACUCCGGCUCAUUAAACCAGAAGACAUGGACAUGGAUGAAUACUUGCAAUGGCAUGAAGACUACAGCAUGUUCAAGACAGUGUUUGCCUACCUGUUGACAGGUCUUGAACAGUAUCAGAACGGAAAAAUAAGAGAGGCACUGAAUUACCUUGCACAUGCCCACCAGGACAACUCAGUCCUUCUUAGGAAAGGGGAGAAGAGAGGAGUGGACCAGUCGCUUAUUGCACUUUACAGGAGAAAAUGUCUAAAGGAGCUGAAUGAAAAUGCAGCUACACUGUUUAAAAAACAGGAUGAGAAUGACGAGGGAGUGGUCAUCAUGAACGAGUGUGUCAUCCCUUGCAUGCAUCUCAUGGUCAGAGACACUAUCAGUCAAGAGGACCUGGAUGUCAUAGAGCUGAUCAGGAAUUGCUGGUGUUCCUAUUUGGGGCAGGACAUGGAUGAUUCUCUGCAGGAAAAGCUCAGUGAAUUUUUACCCAGGGUCCUGGACUGUUCUGCGGAGAGGGUGGUGCUGAAGGAGCCCCCCAAAACCUGUUUUAAGGUGGAAGGCUUUCAGUAUGCCUUGUUACUCAGAGCAACCAGAUACAAAUUCCAGGAGCCAUAUAUGGCUGGUGCCAGGAUAAGAGCAAAAUUUAUUAAAUCAGGACAAACUAAAAAUGGGGAGUUUAUUCUACUGGAACAGAACAACCCAAAUCGCAACAUAGACAAGACAAUAACUCAUAAUGAACUAAAACAGCCCCUUAUGGAAAAAAGAGCAGAGUUUUUGAGGAUGGAUCAAUUUCAGGUUAUCGUCUGCCUUGAAGUCACAGUAGGAACCUCAGGUUUCUUAGAUCUUUCUUUAACGUUCAUCAUUGGACACAGCAAUGAAAGAGUCCUUGACAGUAUUUGUGCAAGCUUUGGAAAUAUUUAGAGAGUUGCAAUCCUUUCUACUGACAUCCCUUCUUUCUUUUUCUAGGUAUGACAGAGCAUCACACUGAAGAUGGUUUGUUUGUUGAGUCACCACUUUGAGAGUAAACCUCUCAUAUUCUAGUAUAUAUUUGAUUAUAUCUUUUCAUGUGACAACACUGAAGAAAUGACAAUUUUCCUACAAUGUAAAGUGGUGAGUGUACAGUUUGUAUAACAGUGUAAAUUUGCCGUUCUCUCAAAAUAACUCAACACGCAGCCAUUAAUGUCUAAACCGCUGGCAACAAAAGUUAGCAACCCUUAAGUGAAAAUGUCCAAAUUGACAAAGUUAUUUUGAGGGGACAGCAAAUUUACACUGUUAUACAAGCUGUUAUUUUGCAUCAAAGUGUCAUUUCUUCAGUGUUGUCACAUGAAAAGAUAUAAUAAAAUAUUUACAAAAAUGUGAGGGGUGUACUCACUUCUGUGAGAUACUGUACAUCUCUUUAGAAAAGGCAUUUUCGUAUGAACGAUAGUUGCAUUUGACAAAAUGUUUGAAGUGGAAAUGUCCCCUCAGAGUGCUAAAGAAAAUUGGGAGGGAAAAAAUGUAAGAUUAUCAUCUAGAUGUCCCAAAAAACAAUCAUUCACUUCUUUAAUGCCAUUGUUAAAUAAAGUCUGUAAUUCUUAACUCUUAAUUGUUUUCUAAAAUUCUUCUUCUCAGACGGUUUCAUCAAAGUCACGCGCUGGCCCGACU